AUGGAAAUGGAGAGGAGUGCACAAAGAAACCAUCCACACUAUUCAUGUUUAGGAAGGAAUCUCACCCACAUACCUACCAGUAUUCCUUCCUCUGUUGAGAAGCUGGAUUUCAGUUUUAACUUGUUGCCUUAUUUACAAAAGCAUCUGUUUCCUCCACUGUAUGAUUUGCAGGUCCUGGACCUCACAAGAUGCCAAAUCCAGUCCAUUGCUGAUGAUGCUUUCCACAAUGUGAACAAUGUGACUACUCUGAUUCUUACUGGAAAUCCCAUUUCAUAUACAGCACCUAACGGCUUGAACUCCUUACACAAAUUAAAGAGACUGGUUCUCGUGGAUACUGGCCUGCUCUCUUUAAAUGUCCAGUUGAACAAUCUCACCAAGCUUCAGGAACUAAAUGUUGGAAGUAACACGAUUCAAACAAUUGCCCUUCCGCGAUUCAUGAUCAACUUUAAGGACUUCUGCGUACUGGACCUGCAUGCAAAUAACAUAUCAAGCUUAAAAGUAAGUCACACAACUGUACUGCGAGAGAUGAGGGGAAAUAUCACUCUAAUACUCUCCAGCAACGCCAUAUUACACAUUGAACCAGAAGCAUUUAAGGACAUUUACCUGAAAGAGCUUAACAUUGUGGGUGCUUUUGCUUCAUUUGACACAAUGAGGGAUGGUCUAAAAGCUCUCAGAGGUCUUAAUGUUGGAAAACUCCUCAUGGGAAAUUACAAACUAGUCCAGAAAAUAAGCACAUCAGACGCUGAUUAUUUUGCUGGUCUGUGCAGAAUUCAUUUCACAGAAAUAUAUUAUUAUCAAAAAGAAUCGUCACCUUCUAACGGCCGCAUGGUUCACUGUAUGGUCAAUGCAACGAAGAUCACUCUGAAAAGAGGAUAUGUGACAGAUGUGGAACAUGUCCCCUUUCAUAGGCUUAAAGAACUAUACAUAGGUCACCAAUAUUUAUCAGUAAUACCAAAUUUGUCACAUGUAAAUUCAUUAGAAAAGCUGGUGUUGGUUGAUAACAGGAUACUGGCAUUUCAUGGUCUGAGUGACAUACCCAAACUCCAGUAUGUAGACCUAAGUGGAAACCAAAUGAUAUUUCAAGGUUGUUGUUCUUGGUAUUUCAGAAACAUGCCAAAUGUUCGGCACAUGAAUCUAAGUCGUAACGCAUAUAUAUGGUUCAGUGCAAAACCAUUUUAUGAUCUUGAAUUGAUCGAGGAAUUAGAUUUCCAUCACACAAAUCUAGAUAUAAUUGGACAAUUUGGAAUCUUACAAAACCUGAAGUAUCUAAAAUAUUUAGAUAUUUCAUACACUAGAACUACUUUUAGUAGCUAUUUUUCUUUCCAUGGGCUUAAGAGUCUUAAAAUACUGAAAAUAGCAGGGAAUACUUUCCAGAGAAAUGUAUUGAAUGAUUUAUUUGAAAAUCUAACAGCUUUGGAGGUUCUUGAUAUGUCACAAUGUGGCAUUGAUCAUAUAUCCAGUAAAGCUUUCAGCAACCUCCAGAAGCUUAGACAGUUACUUCUUAGUCAAAACAAGUUAAUAAUUUUGGAUUUUUUGACAAAUCUACAAAGUCUAACACGGCUUGUUGUGGACCAAAAUAGUAUUUCUGUAGUCAGCCUUAAUACGCUCCAAAACAUACCAGCAAACCUUUCUGUUUUUGACAUAUCUUCUAAUCCAUUCAGUUGCUUCUGCACCAAAACAGAUUUUAUUUUGUGGAUAAUAAAUAAUCAAAAAAUAUUUCCCCAGUCUAAUAACAUUUUAUGUAAAACGCUAUCAUCUGAUUCAGAAAUUAGAGUUAUUGACUUUGACAUAGAAGGCUGUGUACACAUCAGAAGACUGACAAUUGCAUUAUGCGUAUUUGCUGUCACCUUUCUUGUUUUCGUGUCUCUUUUGACCUACAAAUUUCAGUUUUAUCUGCGCUAUGGCUGUAUUCUGCUAAGAGGUUAUAAGGCCUCCAGACAGCAGGAAUGGUCUUACGAUGCCUUUGUUAUCUACUCCAACAAAGAUGAAUCAUGGGUAAUGGAUGAACUGGUGGAAAAUCUAGAAAAUGGGAAUCCACCCAUUCAUCUUUGUCUUCAUGUGCGGGACUUUGAAGCUGGCAAAGCCAUUACCUCCAACAUUAUAGAUGAAGGCAUCAUGGGCAGUCGUAAAGUUAUCGUGGUUGUAUCUAAACACUUCAUGGAGAGCUCCUGGUGUCGUUUUGAAUUUGAGGUGGCGCAGUCCUGGCUAGUGAUGCAACGUAGUGCUAACAUCAUCAUCAUCAUUCUAGAAGAUGUGGAGGAGGAGAAGUCAAAGAAGGUAUUUGGACUUCAUAAGCACCUGAAAAACAACACGUAUCUAAAGUGGAGUGGAAACCCAAUAAAUAACAUGACAUUCUGGAUUCGUCUUCGGAAAGCUGUGAUCGCAAGAACUUGACUGGCUUUUUUUUUUAAUGUAACAUAUUUUAUGGCUUUGUUUAUAAUUUUUUUUAAGUACAUAAUAUAUGAAUGAAGUACAAGCCGUUUUCUUGAAAGUGGCUCUGCCUGUUGUAAAACUCAGCCAUUAGGUAAAACAGCCUAGAAAGAUAUUUCCUCUCUACUAAUAUGUUUCCAAACCAAAAAAUCUCUUUAAUAUUACCUGACCUCC